UCAGUUGUCUUUCUUCCCUUUCUAUCUCUCCCUCUGUGUUUGUGGGGUUUCUGUCCCCUCCUUGCUGCCAAGCUGGAUUUCCUGCAGGUGAAGCAUCUGAAGAGGAAGAGGAAGAGCAACUACAGUGUGAGAGAAACACAGACUCUCAUCAGGGAGAUCCACAAGAGGAGGGACGUGUUGUUCUCCAGACAGCAGAACACAGCCAUUAAUGAGCUGAAGAGACAGGCAUGGGAGGAAGUGGCACGAGGUGUGAAUUCGCUGGGGGAGGGAGAGCUGCGCACUGCUGCUGAGGUGAAGCGUCGCUACCUGGACUGGCGUGCACUUAUGAAGCGAAAACAGCUUCAGGCUGAGCUCUCCCUGUCCUCCUCUUCAUCCUCGUCUGUGGCCCUGAAGACUGAGUAUGAUCUGUCCUCCCCUGAGCACGAGGCAGCUUCUCUGGGAUCUGGGUGUGACCAGCUGCUCGACCUCUCAAGCCUCCCAAAGGAUUGUCACUGUGACUGGCCGGAGCUGGCAGCUUUCAGUGAGCCAAGUGGUCAGGCCAUGAUGGCGGCGCCGGGUGUGAAGAUGGAGGAUGACGUCAGAGAAUACAGACUGGAUGGUGAUUGUGAUGUGGGAGAUGGAGAAGGAGAAAUAGAUGAAGAUGAUAUUCCCUCCCUUCUCAGCGACAUCGAGUCCCGCAGUGAGGGGCACGUAGGCGAUGUUUACACCCACAACGAGAUGGGCGUGCUCAGCUCCUCCAAGGCCCCGACCAUCACCUUCAACAGAGACCACCCACUUGCUAGUGGCCUGGCGGGGAUGCCAGCCCAUGCUCUGGGUGGGCUAACCAGUCACGAAAACGUGGGAGCUGGGUUUCUGGUUGCGGUUGAGAAACAGCGACUGGAGCUGGAAAAACAGCGCCUGUCUGUAGAAACUGAACGCCUGGCGGUGGAGAAAGAGCGGCUGGUGGUGGAGAAGGAGCGGCUUCGUCAGAUGGAGGUAGAGAGGGAGAGGCUGCAGCUGGAGAGAGAGCGGUUACAGGUGGAGAGGGAGCGGCUGAGGCUUCUGCUCCUCAGCCAAUCAGAGCAGGUGGACUCCUCCUUUAACCUGCCGCCACAACAGGGCCCGCCCUCAUCCUCCACAUCUUCAUUAUCCUCUACUCACGAUGGACAGAGGGAGCAAGAGAAAGAAAGUAAAGGCUGGAGGUCAGUGGUGGAUCUGGAGUGUGAGAGGAUAAAACUAGAGAAGGAAAGGCUGCAGCUGGAGAAAGAGAGGCUGCAGUUCUUCAAAUUUGAAGCUGGCAGACUGCAGAUUGAGAGAGAGCGCCUCCAAGUGGAGAAAGAGAGAAUGCAGCUGCACAAAGAUCAUCAGGGCCACUGAGAAAGCGAUGAAUUAAUACAUUUUCACCAGCUUCCAGGAGGAACUUUUAAUACUGAAAACAACCCAGAAAAUGUGGAAUACCAUUUCCCCCUACACACACGUCUUUCAGGAAGGUGUAAGGCACAUUAAUGAUCAUUCCUGAUUGGAAUUUGGCCAAGGAGAAGACUGAGAUGGAGGGCUGGCAUAUUUAUGACCAUCGUGAUAAAGCAGUGCCUUAUGAUGUCUUGAUUAAAUCGGUGACGGGACAGAAAAGAUGCCAUGGUAAUAAAAUCUAUGAUUUGUCUGGCACGCGCAGCUGGUUAACCCGGAAAAUAUAUGAUUUAUAAAAUGCGACAAGUUUCAACAGCUGUUCAGUGCCCCAUCCAAAAACACUAAUCCACAAGACGUGCAGCAUGAAAUAUUAAAUGCUGGAGUAUCAAUGCAACACAUCCUCACUGGUGUAGAAAUGUUUUAUACUGGUAUAUAUGAAAGAAUAGAAUGAUGAUGUCUUAAUCAAAUCAGUGCCAAAUUAUUUACUGCAUGGGUGCCUAUAUAAUUUAUCUUCCAACACUGAGAACACAACAGCACACGACUGUUACUGGUAUAGAGGAACUUUUAAGCGGUUUAUGUUUUGCUGUCCAGUGCUUGUGUUAAAAUAUUGUUUACACGGUAAUGCUCGUGAAUUUGUACAUUUGUCUACCAAUUGUCUUUAUAAUUUUUAUUUUUUACCUCUGCUAUUUUUCACAGCAGAUGUUUUGACUUGUCAUAGCAGUAAAAGCACGGGUGAGUUACUCAUAACAUUUACAUUGUCUUCGUUCCAUUCAAGUGUCCCAGUAAACCGCGACAGUGUGACAGGGAGCCAGCAUGCCUGAAACCAGGACCCUGAAACUGAAGCAGUAAAAUAGAAUUCAGCCAGCAUUUUUUUAUUAUUCACACCUGUGCUUUUCCUAGUGCGACAUGGGAAAAUGUCUUCAGGAAAUAAUUGGGCUUUUUUGCCAGUAAGAUUUGUGGACUUGGAAAAGAGCUUGAACAUCUAUAUGCUGAGCAGCUACUGGACGUUUGGUGUGCAUGCUAGAGAAUUCAAGGGAAAUAUUCCUUUUCCGGCUUCAUUUUCUUUAUUUUUCAUUUUAAGUUCUGCUGUGCUAGACAUAAACAGUGAAGUGUUAUUGGUAACUAAAAACUAUAUUCUGCUACUAUGUACUGAAGGUUAUGUUGUCCAACAAAACUAAACACAUCAAACACUCCAAUAUACUAUGCAUUGUGGUUAUUUUGUUCAAAAUUAUCCCUUUUUAAAUGUUUAAAUGUUCUGAGUCAAGACCAGUAUGUCUUUUUAAACCACUUGAUAUCAACUCACAUGUCCUAUUUUAUUAUUUUUUGUAUUAUAAUUCUAUGCCUGAUAUGCAUACAUUAUAUGUAUUUAUACAUAUUUGUUUAUGAUCUCUGACUAACGUUCCCAUGCCGAAAUGUUAAUAAGGUUGCUGGUAAAAAAAAAUGGGAG